UCGAUUACGUGUUGUAUAAACUGGAACGCAGCGAUAUUUUGACAUUGACAGAUUUUGACAACUUCCAGUCUCACAUUCUUUCUUUCUAGUUUUCUCAGCUCCGUUGCAAUCAUGGCGGUGAACAACAUUUCUAAAAAGCGAAAAUUCGUCGGAGACGGUGUAUUCAAGGCGGAGCUGAAUGAGUUCCUUACCAGAGAGCUAGCUGAAGAUGGCUACUCCGGCGUGGAGGUCCGGGUCACUCCUACCCGGUCAGAAAUCAUCAUUAUGGCCACUAGGACGCAGAGCGUUUUGGGAGAAAAAGGCCGCAGAAUUCGAGAACUAACCUCGGUGGUACAAAAGAGGUUCAACAUUCCUGAACAGUCUGUUGAACUGUACGCUGAGAAAGUCGCUACUCGUGGUCUUUGCGCCAUCGCCCAAGCAGAAUCAUUGAGAUACAAACUCAUUGGAGGCCUGGCUGUAAGGCGCGCGUGCUAUGGCGUGCUCAGAUUCAUCAUGGAGUCUGGAGCUAGGGGCUGUGAAGUGGUGGUCUCUGGCAAGCUGCGUGGUCAACGUGCCAAGUCCAUGAAGUUCGUGGACGGACUCAUGAUCCACUCUGGUGACCCAUGCAAUGACUACGUCAACACAGCCACAAGGCACGUCCUGUUGAGACAGGGUGUGCUUGGUAUUAAGGUGAAAAUCAUGCUCCCGUGGGACCAACAAGGCAAGAACGGCCCCAAGAAGCCGCAGCCCGACCACAUCCUGGUGACGGAGCCCAAGGACGAGCCGGCGCCGCUGGAGCCCAUCUCCGACGUGCGCUCGCUGCAGCCCGCCACGCUGCCGCCGCCCGUCGCCGCGACCGCUUAGAUAUAAGCCAAUACAUUACUAAAAAAAAAAAUA